AUGUUCAACUUUCCUCAUCCCGCUAUAGACCUGGCUUCCAGAAUGAAGUCAAGCCCGCUCAUGGCGGGCGGCAGCUCGUCCGCAUCAUCAGAAGAUCUCUUUUCUCCUCCAAUGAUGGAGGACCUGGAUACACCCAUGACCGAGUAUCCCAUGGGAUCCCCUCCCCGCAUGCCCUACCGCGGUGAGGACAUCGAGAUUGCAUUCCUCCGCUCCGAAGCCUCCAUUAAAAAGUCUUCCUUGUUCAACGACAAGUUCGCAGCUACGUUGGACGACCUUAGUGCCCGACCCAUCGACAGUGCCUCUCUCAUUGGGAAACUCCAGAGCAUGACCCGUUCCGUGCGCGAGAUCCUCGACAGUGGCGACCAGCUGGUGCACGAGGACGGCCCGCAAGAGAUCCUCAAGCAGUUCGUGCGCGUCGUCAACAAACAUCUCUGCCAGGAUGAAGACAUCCACACUGUCCUGGCGCCAUUGGCUCUGGAGCCUGAGGAGAAGUUCCACAUAAUCCAGACCUAUUACCAAGCGAUCAGUAUGACCCAAUUCGUGUCACCGAAGUGGACCAGCAGUCUGCUCUCGGAUGCCCUCUGCCGUCGGGCCAACAUUGUGACGGUCUUCAAUGGUCAGGGGGUGGAAGGGUACUUCAGUGAACUGCAGCAUCUCUAUGACACAUAUGGAGGACUGCUGGCCGAGCCCCUAUAUGCCCUGAGCAAACAGCUCAAGGGGCUUGCGUCAGAUGUGCGCGCCCAGGACAUGUACCCCCACGGCCUAGAUGUCAUCGGCUGGCUCGAGAACCCAGAGGCGCGCCCGUCCACUGACUAUCUGCUCUCAGCCCCUGUCAGUCAACCUUUGAUCGGUCUUGUGCAGCUGCUCAAUUAUGCCAUCACCUGCAAGAUCCUCAACAAGAGCCCCGGCGAGUUCGCCCGUCACCUCAGUGGUUCCGCCGGCCACUCUCAGGGCAUUGUUGUCGCAGCGAUGCUGGCUACGGUUGUCUCGUGGCCUACAUUCUUCGACGCCGCAAGCACCGCACUGCAAGUGCUGUUCUGGAUUGGGUGUCGUUCGCAACAAUGCUACCCAUCCCACUCCAUUCCGCCGUCGCUGGUCGAUCAGUCUGAGCGCCUGAGCCCCAUGCUCAGCGUCAAGGGAGCCUCGCGUGAGUCAUUACUCAAGUAUCUCGACGAGCACAACCGACAUCUCCCCCCCGCACAGCAGGGCUCCCUUGCUUUGAUUAACGGCCGGCAGCAGUUCGUGGUGGCCGGCAAUCCCCUCUCGCUCUACGCCUUCGCCAACAAGCUGCGCGCAGCCUCCAACAACUCCAGCACUACCAACACAGCCCGCGUGCCGUUCAGCCAAAGGCCCUUGUUGAUCACCGCGCGCUUCCUUCCCAUCUCAGUUCCCUUCCACACCAGUCUCCUGGAGGAUGCUGAGGCCCAGAUCCUGGAAGACCUCCGCUCCGUCCACGUCCCUGGGAACAGUCUCCUCUUCCCUGUCCUCCGUACCGACAAUGGGGCCGACCUCCGCGAGUUUGACAAUCUGGUCCCCGAGCUCGUGCACAUGGUCGUCUGCGGCGUCGUCGAUUGGGACCGAGCCACGCGCUUCCCCACUGCCACUCACUUACUCGACUUUGGUCCCGGCCGCGAGACCGGGAUCGGGGCGCUGCUGGCCUCCACAAAAGCCGGCACCGCUGCACGCGUAAUACUCUCUACGACCCUCACCGGCCCCAGCAAGAAGACGCUCGGCUACAUGCCCGAGCUGCUCAGCCGGCGCCGCCCCGUAGUCUACAACACCAGCUGGGAACAAGACUUUGCUCCGCGGCUUGUCCGCGUCGGCGACGACAUCCUCCUCGACACCAAGUUCUCCCGCGCCUUGGGUCUGCCCCCCGUAAUGGUAGCUGGCAUGACGCCGACCACGGUCUCACCGGACUUUGUCGCCGAGGUCAUCAACGCGAACUACCACAUCGAAAUUGCCGGCGGUGGUUACCACGACGCAGCCGGCAUGCGCUCAGCCCUCACCCGGCUCGUUAACCUCAUCCCCGCCGGCCGCGGCAUAACCGUUAACCUGAUCUACGCGAAUCCGCGCGCAAUGGGUUGGCAGAUCCCGCUCCUCGUACAAUUGCGACAAGAGGGCUUGCCCAUUACAGGGCUGACAAUCGGCGCCGGCGUGCCGUCGCCCGACAUCGCCAGCGAGUAUAUCCGCGACCUCGGCCUGAGCCAUAUCUCCUUCAAGCCGGGGUCUAAAGAAGCAAUCGACAAUGUGCUGCGCAUCGCGGAAUCGAACCCCGGUUUCCCCAUUAUCCUGCAAUGGACCGGUGGGCGAGCGGGCGGGCAUCACUCGUACGAAGAUUUCCAUGAACCCAUCCUGGACCGGUACGCGCAGAUCAGAGCCUACCCGAACCUCAUUCUAGUCGCUGGCAGUGGGUUCGGUGGAAGCGAUGAUACCAUUCCUUAUAUCACGGGAUCAUGGUCCAAGAAAUUGGGCUACGCGGCUAUGCCCUUCGACGGCGUUCUUGUUGGCAGCCGCGUCAUGACUGCCAAGGAGGCGCGGACCAGUCCAGCUGUGAAGCAGGCGAUUGUUGAUACCCCUGGAGUACCAGAUUCCCAGUGGGAGGGCACAUACAAGAAAGCAACUGGGGGGAUUAUCACAGUGAAGUCUGAAAUGGGUGAGCCAAUCCAUAAGCUUGCGACGCGCGGGGUCCUGCUAUGGGCAGAGCUCGAUAAGGAGGUGUUUUCUCUUCCUGCGGCGCAGCAGGUCCAGGAGUUGCAGAGGCGCAAGGGCUCGCUGAUGAAGCGGCUGAAUGCAGAUUUCCAGAAGGUUUGGUUUGGUAUCGACCAGCAGGGAAACCCCGUGGAGAUUUCAGAGAUGACCUACGCGGAGGUUCUCACAAGGGCUGUUGAUCUGCUCUACCUCAAGGAUCAGCAAGCCUGGAUUGAUCCCUCGUAUCGUUCCUUUGUGGCAGACUUUAUUCGCUGCGUCGAGAACCGCCUGAGCGCGCGCCAGCCUCGACCCCGUGCAGUUUUCCAGUCCGCAUUGCAGCUGGACCGGCCCCAGGUCUUUCUGAGCGAGUUCCUGCAGGCAUAUCCGGCAGCUCUGGAAGACGUGAUUGUCCGCGAGGACGAGGACCAGCUGGUGAAGCUGUACAAGCAACCGGGACGCAAGCCUCUGCCGUUCAUCGUUGCGCUGGACGAGUCGUUCGAGUACUGGUUCAAGAAGGAUUCUCUGUGGCAGUCUGAGAGACUAGAAGCCGUCACCAAUCAAGACGUCGGACGAAUCUGUAUUUUGCACGGCCCCGUGGCGGCACAGUACACUAAGGUCGCCAAUGAACCGGUGAAGCAGAUCCUCGAUAACAUCCAUAAACCCCACGUUCAGGCCAUCCUGAAGCAGCAGUACGCCGGUGACACGAGCCGAGUUCCAACUCUGGAUUACCUGUACUCUGCGGGCGCAGUAUCGCCCAUGUUGUCUCCGCAGGACGAGCUGCUACUGCCACAUGUCAAGCAUAGUCGUUCAUACGACCCGCCGACCCUCGCGUAUGAUCUGGAAGGCCCCGAGGAGAACCUACCCACCGAAAAGCAGUGGCUGGCUCUCAUCGGCGGGACGAAGCCAUCCUGGCGGAAGGCAUUGCUGACGCUGAACGAGAUUGUGCAGGGGAAGAUGCUGGUGGAGAAUCCUAUCAAGGGCCUCUUCGCUCCUCGCGCCGGCCUCUCCGUGCGUAUCAUUCAAGCUGGACGACCCCAGAAGACAGUCAUCCUUAUGCGGCAGAAAAGCAGCCAAGGACAGGAAAAGGAUGAAGCGACGGUGGAAAUCCGCGCUUUAUCUACCUCAGAGAUCAUGCUGACACUGCGAGCUCCUAUGACUGGGGGCAGUGCUGGCAACCCUCCGGUCGAUCUGGUGCUGUACUUCACUUACAAGCCGACAUACGGCAAUAACCCGAUCCACGAGGUUAUGGGUACACGCAACCAGCGCAUCAGCCGGUUCUACGAACAGCUCUGGGUCGGCAACGCAGGGGAUGAGGGCACGAGCCUGCAAAAAUCCGCCGACGACGUGCAAGUGCUGACCCGCGAAGCGAUCUUAAACUUCACCAAGGCCAUUGACAACCGGAACAGCGCAUACAAUGGGAAAAAGAACUCUAAGCUGCUUGCACCGCUUGACAUGGCGAUUGUGGUUGCGUGGAAGCCGUUGAUGCGUUGUCUCUUCACGGACGCAGUCAACGGCGAUAUCCUCAAGCUCCUGCAUUUGAAGAAUGAUUUCCGGGUUAUUGACAACGCGAGUCCGAUGCGCGAAGGCGACGUGCUGUCUUCGACAGCCGCGAUCGAGUCGAUUCGCAUCCGCCCGGACUCAGGGAAGGUGGUCCGCGCUGUUGCGACGAUCUUCAAGAAAGGCACGCCCAUCAUUACUGUUGCCAGUGAGUUCAUACUCCAGGGCCGGUAUGAAGACUACCACAACACGUUCGAGACAAAAGAGGAGCAGGUGUACAAGUUGCCCUUGAAGUCGAAGCGGGACGUGGUCCUGCUGGCAUCGAAGCCCUGGUUCCGCAUCGCCGCGGCCGACCUCAGCCUCGACGACCACCUGGAUGAUGAGCUCACUUUCCGGCUGAAAAGCUCAUACCAUUUUCGCGACGCCAACACGUACAGCCAGAUCGAAACCUGUGGGACCGUCAGCUGUGCCGUGGGGAAUAAGGACAUGACGAUCGGCACAGUGAUGUUCAAAAGCAACUCGCACUUCCUCAAGAACCCCGUCAUCGACUUCCUGACCCGUCGAGGAUUUGCCUACGACGAGGUCAAGCAGCUUCCAAAUGCUGUGCCCUUGGCCGCAGAUGUCCGCAUUGAGAUGCCCACGUCUAGUGACCAGUACGCUGCCGCCUCGGGAGACAGCAACCCAAUUCACCUAUCGCGUGCGUUUGCGCGGUACGCGGGCCACAACGAAGGUCGGGUCAUCCACGGCAUGCAGACUAGUGGUCUGGUACGAGGCGUCGUGGAGUUGCAUGCGGCAGGCAACGAUCCGCGGCGCAUGAAGGCCUGGUCUGCUUCAUUCAAGGGCAAGGUAUCCCCUGGCGAGACCCUCCUCGUGGAUAUCAGCCACACGGGGAUGAACAACGGCCGCUUGAUUGUUGUUGCUACUGCACGGUCGGAAUCGUCCAGUGUAGAAGUGUUUCGUGCGACGGCUGAAGUGGCCCAGAAGCCAGGAGCCUACCUGUUCACUGGCCAGGGCAGCCAGAAGCCGGCGAUGGGGAUGGAUCUGUACGAGACCAGCCAGGCCGCACGCGAUGUAUGGCACACGGCCGAGCAGUUCUUCGUCAACACAUACGGCAUCUCAAUUCUUGAGAUCGUCCGAAACAAUCCCAAGGAGUACACCGUGCACUUUGGAGGCAGCCGCGGCAAAGCCAUCCGCGAGAACUACAUCUCGCUGGACUUUGAAGUGGUCAAUGAGCAGGGCGAGAUUGAAUCAGUACGGGCCUUCCAAGAGAUCACCCCCAGCUCGCGCUCGUUCACCUACACAUCCUCCGGUGGUCUGCUGCACGAGACGAUCUUCACACAACCGGCGCUGGUGGUUAUGGAGCUGGCGCGGUUCCACGACAUGCGCGCUCGCGGUCUAAUCAACGAGGACAGCUGCUAUGCCGGACACUCGCUUGGCGAGUAUGCCGCGCUCGCUGCUAUGGGCGAGGUCUUCACAGUAGAGGGAGUCACUGCCGCAGUCUUCUACCGUGGACUGACCAUGCAGAAAUCCAUCGAACUGGACCGAUCUGGCCGGGACUAUUCCAUGGUAGCUGCGAACCCGAGCCGAGUAUCCAAGAACCUCUCCGAAUCCGAUCUCUGCGCUAUUGUGGACUCGAUUGAAGCUGCAACAGGGGGUCUCUGCGAGAUCGUCAACUUCAACGUCGAGUCUACGCAGUACGUUUGUGCUGGCGAUCUCCGCAGCCUCGACUGUCUUGCCGGCGUCCUGGACUCGCUCGUUGCGCACCCUGAACACCUCACUUCACUCGAAACCCUCAACGCAUCCGUCCCGGCCAUUGUCGCCUCAUGUCUCGCCCAGACCGACAAGAAGCCCACUCCGCUAGUCCUCCAACGCGGCAAAGCCACCAUCCCUCUGAAGGUCAACGUCCCAUUCCACAGCAGUCUUCUGCGCCCAGGCGCCGACACCUUCCGUCGCGCCCUCCGCAAGGCUAUUCCAGAGCACAUGGUUCGGCCGGAGAAGUUGAUUGGGAGAUAUAUUCCGAAUCUGACGGCGAUGCCGUUCGAGUUGAGUAAGGGGUAUUUUGAAAAUGUUCUUGCUAUUUCUGAAAGUCCGUUUGUGAGGGAGAUUCUGGAGAGGUGGGAUGAUAAUAAUGUUGCUGUUGCUGUUUGUUGA